UCGAGUAGGCUACACGUCACUACAAGUAGGUAAAAUACCUGCGGUGCCUGUUGAGGUAGGUGAGAAAUGUAGAUGAUUUUGUGGUGUAGCCUUCGCAAAAACACCAGUAGAAUAGCCGAGAUUAUGCAAUGCCAUCAGUAAAUUGUCAGUGUGACCAAUAUUCAUAGUUCGAUCCACGUCCUGCUGGCUUGUUUUUCUGCACCUUUUUUUCGCCGCUGCUUUGAGGUAGCCUACACCAUUUUCAGUGUCGGUGAACGCACUGCCCAGAGGCACCACUCCCUGAACUCACCGUUUGUGGCGCGCGCUGCCGUUUUUCAUGCAAACAUGCCCAACAACGGUGAACUUCAAUGGUAUGCGCUGCGGUAGUGACCUUGAGAGUUUGUUUGGAAGCCUUACCUUGUUCGCCACCUUGGCACUGAGGCAAAUCCUAAUGUGGCGGAACACACUAAUAUUUUAUGUGUCUUUGCUCCUUCAUUCUGGAUCUCUCCAGGAGCAAAUAUACCCACAGAACUGCAUUCGGAAGGGAGAAUUUGAAGGCGAGUAUUGCCGUAUUACACAGGAGGAAGUUAAAGCAGUUUUAAACCUUCCCUCUUCAGUUUCCUUUCCAUUUGGAGGUUGUGUUCCUUGGCCAUGUAAUUUUUUUCUAGGAGUAACUCCAGACAUUUGCCAACAUUAUGUUCAGCGUCCACAAAAUGUGGUCAUUGAGUUCCUGCCCAAUCCUGAUCCCAAACACGAAACUGCCAUUAUAUCAUGGAACCCCAGUAAAUACGGGAUUGCCUUCCUGCGAGGAUUUCAGGUUUCUCUGCAUGCCUUGGGUGGGGCUCAGGUGGCGUGUCAGCUUUUCCUGGUGCAGCAAAACCAGUCCUUAACACCAUUCCAUUCCCAAAGGGUUUAUUACUCGGACCCCUUCCCCAUUUUGACUCUUGACACUCAGUAUGCAGUGACGGUAAUGGCAUUGCCCGUGCCUGAGGAGUGGGACCAAUUUUACCAGAAGCGUCUGUUCAGCACACGCACUUGCCCUGAGAAAAAUGGACUAGCAAAAUGCAAAAAAGACUGGUAUCCAACAUACAUCGUUAUAGAGCAAAAUGGUCAUGACGUUAAUGUAACCUUCAACCUUGCACCCCCAAAUCUACAGUUGAAUCAAUAUUUUUCAUCGUGCUAUGGUGGGGGUCAAAGAACAUACACAACAUUAGAACCAGACAUCAAAAAGAACCACACACACUUCACAUACCGAUUGCCCCGAUUACUUUACUCUGGAGUAAAUUACACUUGUGAGAUAGCAGUUGAUGUGGUAGAUGCCGUCAGGAAAAAGUUUUAUGUUGAGAUAUCGCCAACAAGAGAGGAUCCCUCUCAAUUACUUCCAGAGAUUAACCCCCUCACCUCCCUGAUUCCUCUUGGCAUCAUCCUGGCCGUUACUCUGGCUACCCUCCUUGCAGUUAUGUGCAAGAGAAAACGGGACAAACUAACCAAGAAGUAUGCCACUCCAGUGAACGCUUGUCCAGACAUUUAUCAGCAAUUCCUAGUCAAACCAGAGGAACAGUGUGUGGCUGUGACCAUUCCAGUCCAGAACUCCAUGCCCCCCAGCCUGCUGAUAGUCUAUUCAGGCACUGAUGGUCCUGCUCAUGUUCGGGUUGUCCUGCAUCUUGCGGCUUUCCUGCAGAGGCAUAUGGCAAUUAAGGUUUUUCUGGAUCUGUGGGAAUCUCUCAGUCUGAUGGAGGAGGGUGUGCUGGGAUGGUACUGCAAGAAGAUCGUGGAGAGUGACUAUGUGCUGGUCAUCUGCUCCCCGGGCCUCCAUCUGAGACCACAGGAGAAAAAAGACGUCCCAGAGGAAGAAGACCCUCCAGAUCAAAACAUGUCCUCAGCCAUCGUAGCUAUGAUUGGCGAGGAGCUUUGCCGUACAAAAGCCAGGGGCCAAGACCUGUCCAGAUACAUGACUGCGAUGUUUGACUACUCUAAGGAGACGGACAUGCCUGUGGUUUUUAGCCUUGCCUCCCACUACAAUCUCACCACAGACUUGCCGCUGCUCUUCUCCCACCUCCAUGGGCUGGCCCUGCAGCAGCCUGGGGCCUGCCUGCGGAUAGAGCACAUCUCUGAGGACUACUCCAGACUGCCUGCUGGGGAAGCGCUACAGAGAGCCAUCCUGGAGGCUACGUCUGAGCUCAGUGAACAGCAGGAAUGUGAAGAUGAGAAAGGACCCGCAAUUACCACCACCACACAUGGAUUCAUUUCAUGAUUUUGAAUGUGUAUACAUGGACUCGGUGAUGGAGCACAAUAACGAGGUCUAAAAGCAACGUUGUCAAAGAUACGGCUUGGGAGCCAGGUCCGGCCCACCAGCCGGAAUAGAUAUUCGACUAUGUGUGAUAAGCGUAAUCUUUAUGAAAUGCCAAAGCAAAUAAGCCUAGUACAAAAACAGGAAGGAAAACCGGGAGAAAUUGACUGAGCAUGAAGCUCUUUUACAACAAUGCCCUGAGUUUACAAAACAUACAACAACAAUCAUCAAAAUAACACCACAAGAACAAUAAAAAAAGAUACAAAGCCUAAUAAAAAAAAAAAUAGUAAGAAAAGAGGGGAAAUAUGUAUGUAUCAAUAAAAUCAAAAUAAUAAUAAUAAUAAUAAUAAUAAUAAUAAUAUGUAAGGUCUAAAUGCAGAAAAAGGAAACAUUUUGCUGCACCAACAAUUUCAUUAUGUUGGCGUAGCCAUAUAGUCUCCAUGCUGGUGAAAAAAGAGACUGACAUGGAGGGUAGGGUAUUUCAAGAAAGAGCAGAAACAGCAGCACACGAUAAACCUAUUUGUCUUGUUUGCUCAUAAGUGGGUGUAGUUAAGAAGUUUAUUAUCUAUCAACAACCUAAAACCCAUGCAGAAAAAUUAUAAUGACCUUGACAAUGGUGGCCCUCACAAGGUCUCAUUCUAACAAAUCCGGCCUACUGUCUAAUAUUGCACACCCCUGUUGAAAAGAAUACAUGUUAUGAAUGCAGUCUGGCAAUAAAUUAAUUGAACUGGGAAAGAACUGGAUGGAAAGAACUGGGAAAGAACACUCUGGCAGCACCAGUCCUAACCAGCCAACCCCCUUGAACAAGCAUGUUAUUUAAUAAGCAGAACACUUUUUCCUUUGCACUUUUAAUGUAACACUGUAGUGGCUUUUUGAAAUGCCUGUUUAUGCCAUACUUAACAUUGCAGCCACUAAAAAGCUAGACAUAACAGUUGCUGUGAUGGCCGCCAUGUAUUGAACCUCAACAGCUGUUUUAAUAGGCUGUCUGAAAGACUUGACUUGGUGAAUUAUAAAAUGUAAUUUGUAAAUAUAAAUUGUAUAAAGUAAACUUUGUUGCUGGUACAUUGUUGUUAUUGAACCAAGUCUUCUCAUACUACAAAAUAAGCUUACUCUGAGUCUGGUCACACUUUUUAUUGAUUGGACUGAUUAUGAUUAUGAACAUUAUAUUGAUUUGAAAUUUUGUAGAAAAUUAGACUUUCCAAAAUUAGAUGUGUCCAUAUGUGUUGCCUCUGUUAACAUUAGUUGUGAAGAUUGUGAAAAUAUGUUCAGUCUAGUCUGCAUGUAUAUCAUUUAUACAUCAACUGUGAAUAAAGGACACAUUAUAUGG